UUCUAUCUCCACACCUAGUCCGCCGGAGCGGUCGCAGCUUGCCCGGAGAAUGAAGAUGCGCGAAGGUUUCAUGGUUGUGUUAGUGGGGCUAGCCAUCCUUCUUUAUCCGUGGAUAUGUAGAGCCAACAAUGGUUCGAGGGGGGGUGAUGCGUCGGAAGCGACUCGCGUGGUGGUGGACCAGUCGGGGAACGGAGAUUUUUGGAGGAUACAGGAUGCGAUCAAUGCCGUUCCUUCAGGCAAUGCUCGGCAGGUCAUCAUAUCGAUCAAGCCCGGGACAUACAGAGAGAAGAUAGUUGUGCCAGAGAACAAGCCCUUCAUCACCUUAAGCGGCACGAAAUCUUCGAACACCAUAAUCACAUGGAGCGACAGCGGAGGGAUAUUCGACUCCCCCACGGUUUCGAUCUUGGCUUCUGAUUUCAUCGGAAGAGAUCUUACGAUUCAGAACACGUUCGGGGUGGGUGAGAGAGCAGUUGCGCUGAGGGUGGCCGGAGACCAGGUUGCGUUCUACAGGUGCCAAUUCCUGUCUUACCAGGACACUCUCCUGGACGACGCCGGGCGACACUACUACUGGAACUGCUACAUCGAGGGCGGGACCGACUUCAUCUGCGGGGAUGCAGCUUCGCUGUUCGAAAAAUGCCACGUGCACUCGAUUUCACAAGAGAACGGGGCGAUCACGGCACAGCACCGGCAAUCGGGGACGGACGACACGGGCUACGUGUUUCUGGGAUGCAAGAUCACAGGAGUGAAUGGUUCGUUUCUGGGAAGGCCAUGGGGCGAGUACUCACGGGUUGUGUUUGCCCACUCCUACUUGUCUAGUGCCAUAUUGCCCCAAGGCUGGGAGGAUUGGGAUGACCAGAAAAAGCACAGUAAUGUGUACUACGGAGAAUACAAGUGUUUUGGUCCUGGAGCUAACAGGUCGGAGAGAGUUGACUGGUCAAGGAGCUUAUCGGACAGCGAAGCGGCUCCUUUCUUGGCAAAGGCUUCGAUUGGAGGACAAGGGUGGCUGAGAAGAAAACGUACUCCUUAAUUGAAUCUCAUCCAUUAGAAUGACAAAAAAAAGGGGAACUAAAUUCUCUGUAUUGGUCAAAUUAGAAAUUUACAGGUACUACACUUCAAUUUGUAGAUGCCCUCUAAUUCAUACACUCAUACUGCAUAGGUGGCAGAUGAGGAGCUUCCAAUUCGUAAAGAUGUAGCGUCAUACACGGAAAUAGAUAUGGUGUU